UCCGCGCCCACCGUGGACCUGAACCGCGUGCUCAACGACACCAGGAGCCAGUACGAAGCCCUGGUGGAGACCAACCGCAGGGACGUGGAGGAGUGGUUCACCACCCAGACCGAGGAGCUGAACAAGCAGGUGGUGUCGAGCUCUGAGCAGCUGCAGACGUGCCAGGCGGAGAUCAUCGAGCUGAGACGCACGGUCAACGCCCUGGAGAUCGAGCUGCAGGCCCAGCACAACCUGAGAGACUCCCUGGAGAACACUCUGACAGAGACGGAGGCUCGCUACAGCUCCCAGCUGUCCCAGGUGCAGUGCAUGAUCACCAACGUGGAGUCCCAGCUGGCCGAGAUCAGGAGUGACCUGGAGCGGCAGAACCAGGAGUACCAGGUGCUGCUGGAUGUGCGGGCCCGGCUGGAGUGCGAGAUCAACACGUACCGCGGCCUGCUGGAGAGCGAGGACUGCAAGUGA